AUGGACCCACAACCACCGCCCCCGAGACCCGACAGCCCCCCGCGCCGCCUGCGCGCCUGCGCGCCGUGUACCCGGGCCAAGGCCCGCUGUAACUUCCGCGAGGAGAAUGCCCGUCGGCACCUCUGCGACCGAUGUGAGCGGCUCAAGAUUGACUGCUCGGCCAAGACGAGGGGUAUCAGGAGGACGCGGCAGAUCAAACCUCUGGUCAAACAUCAACCAGGCCCCGUAGCCCACAACCUCCCCUCCUACCACCACUCCUCCUCCUCCUCCUCUUCUUCCUCACCCUCGUCCUCAUCCUUGGUCAUAACAACGACAACGACAAUAAAACCGCCCCUGGGCCUAACCUGGUCCCAAGCAUCCAAUGUCCUCGCCGACUUUCGCACAAACUUUGUCCCCAACUUCCCCUUUAUCCAGGUCGACGGGCCCUCGGUGGAACCGGGCUCGGGGUCCCCUCAGAGGCUCGCGCGCGAGAAGCCAUUCCUGUUCCGCGCCAUCAUGCUCGCCGCCGCGCCGGCGGGGAAGGCGAGGGCUGAAGCGAUGCACCGCGAGCUGUUGGCUGAGAUGGGGGCGCGGAUGAUGCUCGAGGAGGAAGGGGUUUUGGAUUUGUUGCAGGGGAUGUUGGUUAUCAUCCUGUGGGCAGAAUGCAGAUACUGGUUCGACAAGCAAAUCACCCGCCUAGUAUACACGGCCCUAGGCUACGCCCACAGCCUGGGCAUCACCAAACCCCCGCGCUCCCUCCUUCAACCCUCUCCCUGCCGCCCGGGAGGUUCUCAACAACACCCUUACCAAUACCCUUACCAACACCCCUACCAACAACAAUGGCAGCAGCAGCAGCAGCAACAACAGCGACAAGAACCAGAAGAUUGCUUCACCAACAAGGCAACCCUCAGCGCCACAGAACACCACACCCUCGAGGAGCAGCGCACCUUUCUCGGACUCUUUUGCGUCGUCACGUCCAACUGCGCGCAGUUCGCCCGCAAGCAGAAUCCCCUCCUACACUGUCUCGGCUCAGAUGGCGGCGGGCAUAUCUGCUACGAGAACCUGGCCGCGUCAGGGAGCCUGGAAGACCGUAUGGCGGCGAGGAUGUUCAAGAUGGCUGCCAUCUCUGCGCGGCUCACCGACGGGUUCGGUCCCGUGAUGGAUUGCGAGCGCGGAAUGGGUAGGGGGAUGGGGGUCGGGUUCGAGGAGGAGGUGGGGAGGAUCCGCGCGGAAGUGCAAGAUGUCUUGGAGGGCCUUGAUCCGCGGGAUUCUUAUUAUGCAUACCUCAACCUCCAACACAAAGCCCUCCUAGUCCAACUCUACGAACCAGCAACAAAAUCCCCCUUCUCCUCAUCACCAUCAUCUCUAUACUCCCCAGCGGCCUUCCAAAAUACCACCACCAACUCCACCACGACCACAACCACCCUCAACCGCACAACCUACUUCCAAGCAGCCCUCUCCGAAGCAAAAGCCUACUUUGACGCAACACUCGCCCUACCCCCAGAAGCCUACGUCUACCGCACCUCCGUCAGCAUGGGUCUGGCCCAAGGCGUCCUCGCCGUCACCACGCGCCUGCUGAUCCUCCACGGCGUCCCGGGGUGGGACCUCUCCCGCGCCCGCACGGAUGUCAAGUUUGCCGAAAUCUGCGAGAACCUGGUUGCGUUUCUUGGGCGGGUGCUGCAGGUGGGUAGGGAGAGGAUGGGCCGGCUAAAGGAGGAGACGUGGGUUCGCGGGGUAGGCGGCGGUGCUACUGGUGGUGGGAGUGAUUGUGGUAGGGCAUACAAUACCCUUGAAUUCGACUGGGACGACAUCAAUGGAGGGAGCGAGAUCGAUGCGAGGGGCUCCAUGUGCGAGGACUUGAUUGGCAAGAUGAGGUGGAUCAAGGACUGGUACGAGAGUCGCGUUCGAGCAGAGGAUGGCGGCGUGACUACUACCACUACUCCGGCUGCUGCUGCUGGCGGUGGCGUCGGGAGCGCAGAAGCGGCGAAUAAGGAGUUGAUGGAGGAGAUUACGAGGAUCUGGCACUGGCCUGCGGACGCGGCGAGUAUGCCCAUGUUUGGGGGGUUGAUUAACCCCUUUGACAUUUGUUACGAUAGUAUUUGA